CAAAUCUUACCUUUUGGUAAAACUCAGGCUGCCUGCACCUGCGCGCGCGUGUGUGUGUGUCAAAAGAUCCGGUGUUUCUGCUGGACUUUUAUUUUGAAGGGUUGUGUUGCGCAUGCGCACUGCACAGAUACGUCACUGUCCGCCUGGAGGAGAGAAGGGCGCGAGAUAGAAACUCAGGAGCGGGACGAGCUGGUGAAGAUGAUCUACUAACUAAAUCAGUCAACCAACCGAGGUGCUUCAACACCGGCUGGUCAGCCGCUCAGGUUACCUUUAACCGAGCGGCUCCUUAGCAGCAAACGAAACUGGCAAUUUCGAUGCAUUUGAGGUGCUGAAGGCAAAUAAAUACGUCUCCAAACAGCAGAAAGUGAAGGAAAUGUCUUGGUGGAGUCAUGGUGAGGAUUGUGAAGACGCUCCAGAUCCAGAUGGGGACCAGUACGAUCAGAGAGACGGUCUGAGAGGGAAACUGAAGUGGAGCCAAGAGGAGGACGACAAGCUGAAGGCUCUGGUUCGAGAGGUGGGGCCACACGACUGGAAAUAUAUCGCCAGCCACAUAUCUAAUCACACUGAACACCAGUGUCAGCACCGCUGGUUUAAGGUCUUGGAUCCAGAAUUGGUUAAAGGUCCUUGGACAAAAGAGGAAGAUGAGAAGGUUAUUGAGCUUGUAAAUCUGUACGGUAACAAACAGUGGGCCCUGGUUGCCAAGCACCUGAAGGGCAGACUGGGGAAGCAGUGCAGAGAGCGCUGGCACAACCACCUCAAUCCCAACGUGAAGAAGUCAUCAUGGACGGCAGAGGAGGACCUCAUCAUCUACAAGGCUCACUGCCUGCUGGGAAACCGUUGGGCUGAGAUUGCUAAGCUGCUUCCUGGGAGGACGGAUAACGCAGUGAAGAAUCACUGGAAUUCCACCAUCAAACGCAAGUUGGAGAUGGGCUUCUAUGCAGGCGAGGUCUGCACACCCAAUGAACUGGAGGAGCUUUUGUCCCACAUUAACAAAGACCUACAGAUAAGUUUUCCUCAGGACGGCACGGACACAAGUUCAGUGCAGGAAAUGCAUCCUUUGGUACCUUCAGCGUCGACGUCCGUUCCAGAUAAGACUGGACCCUCGAAGUCCGCCUCCUAUCCCAGGAACAGCGUGAGCCCCAAGACUGAGGGAGAUGGCACUGGAGACACAACCACCACCAGCUGGGUGAUCGACAGUUCGGGAUUUCUCUCCCCUACAGGCCCACAGCUGAAAGAAGUGAUGGAUAUGGUGGAUGGAGAUCUUGAGGGGUGGUACAAUCUUGUGGCCUUUGACCUUCCCGAAGAGAAUCCAAGUCCAGAACGUCACCAGUUUCGCUUGGAGGGCAGCACUUUACAAGAACUGAGCAAAAACAGCAAGGGUGAGCUCAUCCCUAUCUCUCCUGGUGGGGUCACACCACCCUCCAUACUGAGCCGCAAAAACCGCCGAAGAGUUGCCUUGUCUCCCGAUGCCGCUAGCUCACAGACUCCAAAGAGCACUCCUGUCAAAAUCUUACCCUUCUCUCCGUCUCAGGUAAGUCUGGUCCGGCAGUCUGGUAGCCGUCACAUGACACAGCCCGCUAACUGGCGUUUGUCAUUUCAGUUCCUCAACACUUCCCUCACAUCCACACCCGUCUGCAGCCAGAAAGCAGUCGUAACUACUCCACUGCAGCGUGACAAGACCCCCCUCACUCAGAAGGAGAACAUGGUAUUUAUUACACCCAAUCACAAGUCUGAGUUCUGCACAACUCCACGAACUCCCACACCAUUUAAAGACGCCAUGGAGAAAUACGGCCCUCUGCAGCCUUUGCCUCAGACUCCAAACCUUGAAGACGACAUCAACGAGGUCAUUCUUCGAGACACUGAGACUGAGCUGGGUGUUGUAACUUCAACUCCACCUGGGCAGAGACGUAAAACAGUUCAUCGGCUGCCGAUGAAGAAGGUGCGGAAGUCGUUGGCUCUGGAUGUGAUGGACUGCCCGGUGGCGCCCACAGCAAAACGCAGAGCGACGAAAAAUGAAGCCAAACAUAUCAAGGAGGAGCCGUCAGCUCCUGCACUCGCCUCCUCGUUCUGCAGGAAGGGUCACGAGAGCAUUUUGGACCAGGGCUUCCUGUUGGGGCCGAGUGACAGCGCCUUCUUUCCCAGCACGGUGCCUCCAACUCCAAUGUCAAAAGAAUGGGAAAUGGUUGUCUGUGGACAAACUGAAGACCAGCUGAUAAUGACGGAGAAGGCGCGGUGCUACCUUCGCUCGCUAAAAUCCCGCGUUCCCCCGCACGCUCUGAUUCUGUCUUAAAAGGCUUUUCAUCCAAACACCAUAAUGACACUCACACAUGCACACGUUUUAUUGCUAAAUUGUUUGGGCAGUAAGAGAGCUAAACAUUUUAGGAAUGUUUGUUAGCAUCUCCAGUCUCACUUCCUGUUUGGACGUAAAGAAAAAAAAAACAAUCAGGGUGACAUGUUUGUUCGUGAAUGAUGUGACGUUAGGCCGUGUGUGUCCUCUCUACAAAGAUGUAAAUAGCACAAUGUGACUCCUAAUUACCGGUAACGUUUUGUACGUUUCGGUCUGGAUCGUGUAAGAAGCGAUUUGUUGAUCAGAACUUAAUGUUGAGAAGAAUAUUCAUGUUGGAAAAACAUGUCGUCGUCAGAUGAGUUUAGCUGGAGAACUUUUACACGUCAGUGAGGACCUCUGACAAAAUGAAAAGAACACAGAAAAGAAGUGUGAUUCAUGUAAACUUGGACCAACAGUUGGACACAAAUUUACAUACGUCUUGGUCAAAAACUCAAACUCAGUCUUCUCCUACAUAUUCCAGUUUAUCAAACAUCUGUUAGAAUGUCAAAGUUAGUUCAGUAUAGAGUUACUUAAAAAUCAUAGUUACAAUGUGCUGCAGAUUUAUUUAAAUUUGUUUGUUUUUUUCUUUGGGGAGCUGACACAGACCCAGAUGAAUUUAAGCAGCAUAGAAGAUUCCAGAAGUCAAUGGACCUAUUUUUAAACGCCUCUGAAUGAAAAAUCAGCGUCAUUUGGACUCACUGGUGUUUGUUGACCCUUUUGGCUGUAGUUAACCUCUAGUUACCUCUAGUUAUUUAAUACAUUUAAGAGCGGGAGGAAAAAAACAAAUCUAAACAACGGACCAAAGGCUUCCAGAACAAAAUCAUGGAUGUCCACUAGUGCGGUUCCUCCUUGGGAAUCAUUUUGGAAAGAUUGUUGGCACCACGAGCUACUGUACGAUCAAUGAAACAAAAGUAUGAGAGGACUAGGAGCAAAAUGACUUUACAUCAUGUGUUCUAACGAUUCAACAGACGCUCAGGAUCAAGACUCCAGGACGUGUUGGAGGCAUCAGAGAGAGAUGUGACAUCAUCCAUCAACCUGAAAGGCUGGCAGCCAAAGAGGAAGCUCGCUGGCUCGCUCACCUUCAACUGCUCACUCCAGUUAAGGGUCAUGGGGCUGGAGCCUGUCCCAGCAGGCACAGGGCGUGAGGCGGAGUUCACCCUGGACACAUCACCGCUCUGCCCCAGGGCCCACAGAGGAAGCUGUUCAUCCAAAAUAUACAGAAACAAAAGCCUCAGCCUCUGACUCCGCCCAGCUUUAACCCUCGAAUAGUGACGUGAGUUCCCCAAUUAUGGCUGAAAAAUAUCGUUUAGUGGAUUAUAAAAGAAAUUCUAUCACUUUCUGGAACCUUCUACACUGUUUAGAGAGACGUUGACUAAAUAAAAACAGAAGUAAAUGGAUUUUGUAAUAAUAGCUUCGUGUGGUCGUCGAGUCGACAUUCUGACUGAUUUAAUACACUUUGAUAAACUGGAAUAGGAACAGUAGGAAAAACAACUGAGUAUUUUUAGCCAAUUGUAUGUUUGUAACAUCUUAUUUGCAGUGUGUAAAUAUUUAAUGUACGUUAUUUGUCAUACAACAUUAAGGCAAGAAAUUAAUAAUAAAAGCUCCAAU